UGCAGAAGCAGAAGCCCCCUCCCCGUCUUUCUCUCUCUCUCUCCCUCCCUCGUUCGUGUUCGUUCUUCCUCACCUAUCAAAUUUGAAUAAGAAAAGGAAAGGCAGGAAGGGGGAAAAAAGAAGGGCAGUCCUUCUUUUCUUCUACAGGUGUGUUCUUCCUUUCUUUCUUGUUUUCUCCUCUCAACUGAAACAAGAAGCCCAAAGCAUAAAGAAAUGGGGUCGGAAGGCAAGAUGGCGAGGAAACCCAGGUUCCUGUGCCUGCAUGGGUUCAGGACCAGCGCAGCAAUCUUGAAGAAGCAGCUCACCAUCAAAUGGCCGGAAUCCUUCCUCCAGAACCUCGAUCUAGUCUUCAUCGAUGCCCCUUACCCCGCCGAGGGUAAAUCAGAGGUCGAAGGGAUCUUCGACCCUCCUUAUUACGAGUGGUUCCAAUUCAACAAGGAGUUCACGGAGUACAGGAAUUUUGAAGAGUGCUUAGCUUACAUAGAGGAAUUAAUGAUCAAGCAUGCUCCCAUUGACGGCCUUCUCGGUUUCUCAUAG